AUGGGCCAUCGUCGGUGGUUAGAAGCAAACCAUCCAUUUCGAUUUCAGAAAGACUUGUUUGAUGAUACCAUAGAGUUGCGAUCUGCCCCUAUUCCACUAACUGGAACUGAAGUCUUUAAACAAAUGCAUGGCACCAAUUAUAUACCGGGUAAGGUCUCCAAAUGUUCAAAGAAGAGGGGAAGGGAGCAUGUUGGCAGCACAAUGAAUGAAGGAUUAAUAGCAGAGGUUGCUGAGGAUGUUGACAAAUUUUUUGAGAAUGAAGACAGCGUAUAUGGUCAGAAAAAUGAUGAUGACUCAAUGACAGCAUCUACACAGAAACAACUAUGGAAAAAAAGAGUUCCUGAUGGAUCGUCAGCACCGAAACAAGUUUAUGCAAUUGUUUCUCAAUUGUCAUCAUUCUUUAAGGCAUUAUGUUCCAAAGUUCUUGAUCCUAAGGAGCUUGAUCAAUUGGAGUCUAAUGUUGCACUUACACUAUGCCAUAUGGAAAAGAUCUUUCCUCCUGGAUUUUUUACUAUUAUGGUUCAGCUACUCAUUCACCUAGCGGCGGAAGCUAAACUUGGUGGAUCGGUUCACUACCGAUGGAUGUAUCCUAUUGAGAGGUUUCUUGUGCGCUUAAAAGAUUAUGUACGCAAUCGAGCCUAUCCCGAGGGAUCGAUUGCUGAAGGAUAUAUUGCUGAGGAGUGUUUGACAUUUUGUUCGAGAUAUCUUGAAGGUAUUGAAACGGUUUUCAAUCGACCUCAAAGGAAUUGUGAUAUCAUAGAGAAUGCAGAAGUUUACAAGUUCUCAUCUGGUGGAAGAGUUUUGGGAAAAGUUGAAAGUGUUGUUCUUGACCAGAAAUCGUUGGCACAGGCACAUCGCUAUGUCUUACUUCAUAGUGAUAUAAUAUCCGAGUCUCGCAGAGAAUUUUUAAUAGCUCAGGGAAGUCUCAACCAUAACAUUUGUCCUACACCAAGGAUUGAGCAACGAUGGUUGGUUGAGUUAUUUCCAGAAUGGCUUUUCAAACAGGUACCGGUGAUGAUGGAGAGGAAUUGUUCUGAGGAGUUAAUAGUCAUUGCUCGAGGUCCGAAUAAUAUUGUCAACAGAUAUGAUGGGUUUAUUAUAAAUGGUUUUAAAUUUCAUACUCAAGAGCGUGAGAAAUUUAGAAAAACCCAAAAUAGUGGAGUAAUAGUUGAGAUAUAA